UAGAUAAUUUCGUAUUUUGUGCAGAGACUUGUUUCUCGUUCUCUAUUCUCUAUAUCCCUGAAGUUCCUCGAAUUUUACGUUCCUUGGCAUAAAAAUAAAAGAUUUAUUACUGCAAAUUUAAUAUAAAAAAAAAUGUCUCUGCGAAUAACACGAAAAAACAUCGAAUUAGCAUCAAAAUGGACUCCAAGUAUAGUGACUUAUGGAACUGGUGCAUGGUUAUCACUGUUGUACUUUACAGACUGGAAAGCAGUGGUGCGAUAUAUUCCAUUCUAUGGUAGCAAGUUUCAAGAAUAGAUUACGAGAUCACUCAAUAAGAUAAUGUAAUAGUUUUAUUGGAACGAUAGAGAUUCUAUUGUACCAUGCUAUAUUUACAUUUUAUCUGUUUAUUUAAAUUAUGAAGUAUUAAUAAAG